AUGGGCUCAAGUGCCAGCGACGAAGGCGACCACAGCCUCCAGGCGGUGCCGUCUGCAGCCUAUAUGGAAGUCCUGUCGCCUCGACUGCCGAGCUCUGGGACCAGCUCUCGGGCUGUCAACAUGCGUCGACGUAAACUCGAGAUCGAGAUCGUGGAAGGCGCGCGGAUGGGUCCGACGUGGCAAUUUCCAGGCGCGGGCUCGUCCGAGUACGUGCAGGUGCCGCCACACGAGCUCCACGUGAUUCAAGAGGAGCUCAACGAGCCCAAGAAGUUGCUGGGAGAGCUCCCAGCGACUGCCAUUUCCGGCAACGACAUCCUCUCGAGCGUCUUGUACUCGGCGUCGUCGGUGGCUGCCAAGUCGGGCAAACUCAUGCCCAUUCCGCUGCUUAUCGUGUCCAUUGUGCUCUACUUCUUUCGCUUCAUUUACGAAGAAGUGGUGACUGCGAUCCCCAUGAACGGGGGGACGUACAACGCCCUGUUAAAUACAACGUCCAAGCGCUCAGCAGCUGUGGCGGCGUGUCUCAGUAUCUUGUCCUACGUUGCGACGGGAGUCGUCUCGGCCACGUCCGGGAUUCGGUACCUGAACAACCAAGUGACGAUUCCGAUCGUUGGGUCGACGAUCCUUUUGCUGGGCGCGUUCGCGCUUUUGGCGGUGAUGGGGAUCACGGAGAGCUCCCGCGUGGCUGUCGCGAUCUUUUUGCACCACGUGGCAGUCCUCUCGAUCCUCUUUGUGUCGUGCAUCGUCUACUGGUUCAGUCACCCGCAUGUCUUUCGCGACAACAUGCACGCCGAGUACCCCGAGGUGGACUUUGCAGGAUCGAUGCUUGACGGCAACAUCGCGACUGCGAUUUUCUUUGGCUUUGGUGCGUCGAUGCUGGGCAUUACCGGCUUUGAGUCGUCGUCAAACUACGUGGAGGAACAAGCUCCAGGUAUCUUUCGCAAGACUCUGCGCAACAUGUGGGCCCUCGUCACGUUCUUCAAUGUCGGACUCAGUACUGCGAUUCUUGCCGUGUUGCCACUCGAAGGAGACGACGGCAUUUACAACAAUUCGUCGGACCUUCUUGCGAUGGUGAGCCGAAAAGCAGUGGGGAGCUGGUUCGAGACGUGGAUUAGCAUUGACGCGUUCAUCGUGCUGAGUGGUGCAGUGUUGACCUCGUACGUUGGUAUCUGCGGCCUCGUUCGCCGUCUGUCCACGGACCGAGUGCUGCCGGCGUUUCUGGCAAAGACGAACAAGGCACGCGGUACCAAUCACUACAUCAUCGGCAUUUACUUUCUAUUGUCGUCGAGUCUCGUGCUCAUACUGAAUGCCGACGCCAGCACGAUGAAUGGUGUGUACACCUACUCUUUCCUGGGACUGAUGGCGAUGUUUUCGUGCGCCUGUAUGCUGCUCAAGGGCAAGCGUCCAGAGAUCCCUCGCGACAUACACGCGCCAUGGACUAGUGUGAUCCUUGGCUUUCUCCUGGUUGUGGUGGCCAUCUUUGCGAAUCUCCUGGGGGACCCCAAGGUUUUGAUGUACUUUGCUAUCUACUUCAUCGUCGUGAUAGUCGUGAUGUUUAUCAUGUUCGAGCGCGUCACGAUCUUACGCUUCGCUUUGAUACUGCUGAAGACAAUGGUUCCCUCGCGUUACGGCAAAGCUGUUGCAGUUGGUCUUGCGACAAACGGUUUGUCGGAAUAUGAGCACACUGGAGCUCGCGGAGGCCGCACUAUUGCUCGCACCAUUAUCAGCAUCCGAAACGCUCCCAUCAUUUUCUUCUGCAAGAUCCCAGACCUCACGAUCAUCAACAAGGCUAUCAUCUACGUACGUCGCAACGAGCAGACCCACACACUGCGUAUCGUGCACGUUUUCGAGGACGAAGAGAGAGACGCGUCUGUGCUCGCGUCUUUCCGUGAGAUGGUAGCGCUGUUCGACUCGAUGUACCCGAAGAUCCGCGUGGACUUUGUGGCAGUGCGUGGCGAGUUUGGUCCAGCAAUAAUCACGUGGCUAUCGCGGUCCAUGAACGUGCCUCGCAAUAUGAUGUUUAUCACACAGCCCGACUUGCUCUCGGCCGAGCGUGUGUCGGCAGCCGGCAUGCGUGUUAUCACGGCAUGA